CCUCGUGUCAUUGAUCCUUGAGAUUGGAAGAAGAGGACAUUUGUUUCCAAAAGUGUAGAUGCGAAUUAAAUAAAGAAGGCGAAUCGCACGUGCAGCGUGCUGGGUGACAGCCAGUCCAGCCAUGAGCACAGCCAUCAAAGGCGAUGCUUCCACUACCCUCGAAACUGACAAGCAGGACAGACUCGACUCUGGUUGUUUCGAUCGCGCUUCUGGUGUUCCCAACAACGCAAGAGCUGCAGAGGACGAACUGCUACUGCUACUAGACGAGAUUGGUGAGCGAGGUCUUAAACUCCGUGAGAAAGUGCAGGAUAUGGAGAAACGACAUAAUGCCUACAGUGAUUCUAGCUUCCCUCAUAAUCAUUCCUGUCCGAACCAGAGCAGCAUGCUUGAAUUCCAGAGUAAGGAACUCCAAGCACGAUUAAGCCAGAUGGAGAUAGAAAGAACAAAUUACAGAGCAACUGUGCUAAAGCUGCAGUCGGUGAUUCACAGACUUGAAGGUGAGAAGACUGCAUGCGAAGAUCGACUGGAGUCUGCAGUUAACGAGAAACAACAGCUAGAAAAGAAGAUACAUGACUUGCACAUUCAGUAUGUCCACGGAGAACCAGGUAGCUUACCUUUCUCAAAAGGUGAGAGUUGGACAAGCAAGUGUCGACAAGACCCACCGAGCCUUCAGCAGAAGAAUGCUCGAGAAGAAAUGAGAUUUCAAGGCAAAGCGAAGGUGUCAGCCAUACUUCGGGAGAACAACCCACUGGAGCUUCAACGCUUGCUUCUACUCUACACCCUUGAGAAUCAAUCGUUACAACUGAAGAUAGAAGAAUGUGAUCAAAAGUGGUUUGCAAGAUUGUGUGAUUGGAAGACAACAGAGUCUUCCCUGAGGGCAGAUAACCAGAACCUCAUUCAGGAAAGGGAAGAGUGUUUGGAAAGCCUCCGGAAGCAUCAGGAAGAAGUUAGGACCUUAAGAGCCAAAUACCGAGUCCUGGAGAUGACUGCUCUUGCCAUAAAUAACCGAGAUUGUGGGGACAGUGUUUGGGGACAGUGUUGUGGGGACUCGUGCACAGCAGGAGUGCCUGCGUGGAUACACACUGCCAACCAAAGGCUGGCUCGCUCCUACCAUUGCGAUGGUGAUGCCUAUGGUCAAGCGUACUACCGUGCGCAAAGUUUGCCAUCAAUGCUCGUGGCUCAGGCAGAUAAUGCCCACACGAUCAAGCAGAACAUGGCAACCUUACAUAAUGCUGGUUCUUCACUGACUGAGAUCUCUCUUGAAGACAUAACAUUUCAAAAUGAAGAUUUGGCCUAUGACCUUGAAGACCCCAGGUUUCAGAGUCCGUUACGCUUGACAAGUUCGCCAUUGUCGUCUCUUCAGAAGCUGUAUCCUCUUUGGCAAAACCCAGCAACAGUGCGAAGGUUCACCAGGGACCCAGUGCUUAUGAACUUAGAAGACAGUAGUAAGGACCUUCAGUCUGGGCCAAAGUCGGACAUUGAAUUGAUCUGCAGUGAAUUCGAUCCACUGGUGAAAGUAGACGACUCUGAUAUGAUUGAUACGGCCAAAAAGAUGAGGCCCUUAGACUUUGUCGAUUCGCUGGACUUAUCAAUACCGCUGAAGCCUACCAAAGUGCCCACCGGUGACAUAGAAGAUCCUCAAGUAUUCGGGGGAUUGGGGUCUAGAUACCUGGAAGCGCACAAUAUGCCCGUUGAAGCUGUACAACGGUCCAGAGGGUUUUCUAAUGUUUUGCAGAAGUCUAGGACGCUUUCAGAGUCGUCAACCUAGGCCCUACCUGCACAUUUUUAUAAGAAGUACGCGUAAUAAAUUUUUCAGUUCAAUGCAAGGAA